AUGGAACGAAAGCAAAUGGGCGGUCCACUGGCGCCUAAAGCGGCUCCAGCAAGACGGAAAAAAGGAAAACAUUUCCUGGCAAAGAACGAGGCUCUGGAAUUGGCAGCGUCAAUAGCGGGAGCGCAGGAACAAAAGGCACUAAGAAAGGCUGAGAAACAUCACCAGGCCCAGCCUCACCACCGGAAUACAGAUGAUGAAAAACCACGUUUAUCGAAUUCGAAACUCAAGAUCAAAGAAACUAAGGCCCUGCUCGCAGCUCAGCGGGCUCGAUCUAAAAAGGACAAGGCUAAAAAACGAAAACGGCGUUCACAGGAUGCCACCUUCCCGCCUGAUGACAACGAUGGUCACGCGCGCGUUGGGCUCCUCUCUGCCACAACCAAACCUGCCCGGAAAAAAGUCUCAUUUGCGUAA